GUGCUGGAAACAUUGAACUCAAAGAAAAAGGGUGAUGCUGCUUUCAAGAACAAAGAUUUUAGAGCUGCCAUUGAAUGCUAUACGAAGUUUAUUAAUGUUGGAACCAUGGUUUCACCAACUGUGUACGCUCAUCGGAGUCUUUCUUAUCUCAUGAGUGAUAUGCCACAAGAAGCCCUCAACGAUGCAGUACAAGCACAGGUAAUAUCUCUUGUUUGGCAUAUUGCAUCGUAUUUGCAAGCUGCUUCUCUUUUCACAUUGGGGAGGGAAAAUGAGGCAGCAGUAACGCAGCUGAAGCAGAUGCUGGAUGGGGCUAAGGCAGCAACAACGCAUCAGAAGGUUUGUUCUCGGAGCUGGACGUCGACGAAGGUGGAGCUGGAGCACUAG